GCCUGAUAACAAUCAACUUCCAGUUUUUCUAAAUGGACGAUGUCGCUGUAAAUUCAUCAUUCGAUGGAGGUCUGUCGGUGUUACUUUCUGCAUGCGCUCCUCCACUCAACCUCGACGAGGACUUUGGUCUUGGAUGGGACUGUAUCGUUCCGAAAAAGGACAUAAAAGAAGAACUCCAUGAUGAUCUCGAUUCGUUUGCCAAUUCACCUUUGUCCCAGUUUGGACUUGAGUCUGAUUCAUCUUCUCCAUCCUCUUUCUGUUCCUUGGACUUGGAUUCUGACUCACGUGAAAAUACUCUAUCUGUUUUUCCCUACGACGAGCACCCAUCACCUCUGCUUGGUAUGCCAGAUCCAAUAAUGCCUGCACUAGCAAUGGAUUCGUUGGCAAGUACAGCUCCUAUACGAAGGCCAAUGUUAGUGCGAAAGCGAAUGCAUGAAUGUUCGAUGGUUUGUUGGCUUUUUCGCACAUUGUUGACUUCCGAAUAUAGAGCUUUGCCGUUGAAUGCUAUUUUUGAGAUUUUCGAAGAUACGAAUCCAUCGUCCGCCCACGGUCGACAUUGGCGCCAAUCCAUACGGCACUGCUUGAUGUCUUCUGCUGUUUUCGUCAGAGUUUUGACACCAAACCCUCGCAAAGAUUUCUUGGUGAUGAAUGAAGCCGGAUCAUGGUGGACAGUGCAUCCAGAUUGUGAAGCAGCAUGUGCCGAUGAAGUUUUCCGACCGGGAGUUGCUCAUCGAUGCCCACCAAACGGAGGUGGAGCUGUUAGGAUGAAGACGUACCAGGUCGAUGAUACUAGUGAAAUCAUUUAUCGGGACACCACGCGUGGAAAGUGGACGAAUGAGCGGAUAUAUGCGCGGAGACGUUUACCUUUGGAAAGGCCGAGAAAAAAUGCGAUCCCUCUAAAGCCAUCCUCAAUAACAUUGUAUCCUUCAAAAGCAACUUCUUAUACAACCACAUCUCAGUCGCGUUUGCGCUCUUCGCAGGUGAAUCCACAGAGAGGAGAUCAUUUUGUGAUUGAUCAUGAAGAAGAGGUCUCCUGAGAACAUACCAGCCCGGAGAUGAAUGUGCUAGACGCUCGCGCUUAUUCGCAUAGGAGCUGAUUUUAUUGCUAUAUGCAGCUCACGCUAACAGCAGGGAUUUUUAUUUCUGAUCAUAUUUGACCAUUUGACUUAUUGUCAGCUGGAAAUAGAUUAUACUUGUACUUUAUGUAAUGUUAGCAAUUAAUAUGUAGUUACAAACCCAUUUGCGACAGCGUUUUUCAAGCAGUGUUGUCCUAGUGAUCCGUCGCUCUUGCAUGAAAAGAAUGCAUUGAAGGAAAUGACCUUCACCUUCACCAAUUUUUUUGUGUUAAAAUAAGUCUUUGAGUUGGUUUGGUUUUUCGUUGCCUAUAUUGGAAGGACUGUUAUCAAGCUGCGUAAAUCCGUAUAACUUUUCUCCUGACAGUGCUGCUCCUUCUAUCGUUUUUUGAGGCUAUUAACCUUGCUAAAUCUUUACCUCAUUUUCAUCUCAAUAACCUUUCUGCAAUUUAUCCUUUCCGAUUUUUUUUUGAAUGGCAGACACAGUGGCUUUACCUCCUGAUUUUUUCCUGCCCAUAUGGCAUACCAAACGUGUGAGCUUUCAUUUGUAAAUUUCUUAGUACGGGAAUCAGUGUGUCCACAUCUUAUUUAGCCAUUGUGCUGUUCACAUUCACCCUUCGCAGAUCAUACGACUUUUUUAUGGUUCAGAAUGCUCAACAUUAUAGAAAUUCGCAUUUAGUUGUUUAAUAGAACAAAUAUUCUGUGGAAAUGCAUUUCACCUGUAGGAGGAGCAUGCAUAUGACUUGACCUCAGUGCCUAGACCUUGAUUGCUGAUCGAGACUAGCUCGAUUCAUUUAGAGUAGGUAAAUGGUUGUGUUUUACAUCGUUAUGUUUGGCAAAUGUUAAUAAAUGUUUUGAAUA